CAUUUCCACUGCUGCUAUCCCAUCAGCUGCUCUGAAGCUCCAUGGUACCCAGAAUCUUUGCUCCUGCUUAUGUGUCAGUCUUUCUCCUCCUCUGCUCCCCAAGGGAAGUCAUCGCUCCCGCUGGCUCAGAGCCAUGGCUAUGCCAGCUGGCACCCAGGUGUGGAGACAAGAUCUACAACCCCUUGGAGCAGUGCUGUUACGAUGAUGCCAUCCUGUCCCUGAGCCAGACCCGCCAAUGUGGUCCCCACUGCACCUUCUGGCCCUGCUUUGAGCUCUGCUGUCCUGAGUCCUUUGGCCUCACAAAUAAUUUUGUUGUGAAGCUGAAAGUUCAGGGUGUGAAUUCCCAGUGCCACUCAUCUCCCAUCUCCAGUGACUGUCACAGCAAAAGAUAUUUUUCCCUGAGAAGACAUAGAAAAUCAACUUUCACUGAGGCAUCUCAGAAACACAGGCUGGGGUAAUAUGUGUGACAGUAAAGAAGCCUGAGUAAUUUACAAAAUGGUACAACUCCAAGCCAUUGUGUGGCCCAUGUGGGAGGCUGAUGGGACAUGGACAAUGGCAGUAGAGUAUCAGGAAAUAAAUGAAGUCGUUUUCCUGUGUA